CGUGUGUUCGGAAGAACGUGCGCGUGUGGGCAGAGUUAGUUCGACUACUUUCAACAGCAGCUGUUAAAGCAGCCACUGGAAUUACCUGUUAGCGACACUACUUGUGUAUUUAUACUUGUUUACCUACAUUCCGUUUGCCGAAGGUUCAGGAAAAUCAUGCGAAAAGUGUGUCUCCUGUGGCUUUUGCUGGCGCUCGCCUCUGUGUAUUCGGAGUCGCAGGUGCGGGAGACCGAGACAUGGGUGCCCAACCAACCACACACAGAUGACAGCCAGGAAGACCUGGUCUCAUCGGGUGACUUUCCUAACAGCUCGGACUUCGAGUUCCCCGAUGAGGAGGAUGAUGAUGAUGAAGAAGAAGAAGAAGAAAUGUCUGGAUCCGGAGAUCACGAUUUCCUAAACAAUGGAAACUAUCCUGUGCCCUCAAAGCCUGAUGUGAUUGACAACAGGAUUCCUGAGAUGGACAAGCCAAACAGGCCACCGUCAAUCGAUGAGUCUGAGAUAGUGCAACGGAAUGAGGUCGGCUUGCGGUCCUCCACGGAGCAGGAGGAUGUGCCAUCUAAUGUGUUGAUGGCCCAUGCCAGUGAUGAGAGUAUCUUCAACAAGACUGAGGUCAUAGCAGCUUUGAUUGCUGGAGGAUCCGUGGGGGUGGUGUUUGCAAUUGUUCUUGUCCUUCUGCUGGUCUACCGUAUGAAGAAGAAGGACGAGGGCAGCUACGACCUUGGGAAGAAGCCCAUUUAUAAGAAAGCUCCCACUACAGAAAUUUAUGCCUAAAGAUGCCUCAGGAGUCAUUCGGUGGUGCCUUUGAAACACAACCUCUCUACUACCUGCUUUCCCUAAGCUACACACAUCCUAGGACAAAGAGAGGGGGGAAAACACUUCAGAUAUUUUUUUAUUAUUAUUUGAUUUCUGGAAAGGUGUAUUUUUGAAUCUGGAGUGUCUUAAGAAUUCAAGGUUCUUGCGUGAGGGGAAAAGUUUUCAGGUUUUCCCUUGCCUAAAUGUUUGGGAUUUUUGUAUGUUACCCAAAGUCAGGUCCCGAACUGCUGAGAUGUUUUCCUGGUUCCAUUUGGGCUCCCCCAGUCUUAUGUGACACUACAUGAUGCAAUGUGCAUAUCUGGUGGGUUUUAUUUAUUUAUUCCCAAUCUGUCCCCUUUUCUUGGUGCUACAGAAGAGCAUGUCAGUUUUUCAUUUUAUGGAUUUAAUGUGCCUUUUUUUUUUUUUUUUUUUCUCCGCAAAUGCAGCCAUACUGUUGUAACAGCUUGGCACAUGAAUUUGAACUGAUUUUGAUGUUAUUGCGUUGUAGGUACUGUUCCAUUCCGUAAACUGACCAACUGGCUUGUAGGGCUUUCAUUACUGAGAAUUGAAUCUUAAUCUUAAACUUCUAGACUGGUACUUUGUCAGGGUUUAUUUUAUACUGUUACGUUGUAAAUUGCACAAAAUGGAACAAUGUGUAUUGAAUUUCCCACUACAAUCUGUGCACCUCUUCCAUCUGUAUAUAGCCAUUUUCAUAUGAGAGACUUGGUACGCAGCCAUUUUUCUAAGAAUAUUCUAUUUACCAAAUAUUUAAAUGCCAAAAUAUAGAUUUACCCCAUACUUCAAUCUGAAGAUUUCUUCCCUGUUCAUCAUCCGGGUGUGGAAUGUUUCUUCUAACCUCAGACAUUUAGAAGCUUUCAGUGCCAGUUCUAGUUGCCAGUACUAACUUCAGUUUUUAAUGUUUUGUUUGUUUUAGUAGAUUUAGUUUCAGAUAUUUUUUUUGUAUUAAUUUAACAGUCAGAAAUAUUAUAUUGCUUUUGGGACUUCCCCCUCUAAGCUGUUGUAUAUUUGGUAAAUUUUUUUUUUAUAUGCACAACUUUAAAUUGCAGAAGCAAAUUUGUUUUUAGACACAUUUGUUCUCUUAUAGACAUUGUAAGCAGUGUAUUUAUAUUUUUUGUAGAAGGAAUGCAAAGUAAUGUUCAGGGCUACUUCCUACUGGACCCAUGUACCACUUGCAUGGAAAAGGUCUGCUGCUUUUUUCACAACAGUAGAUGUGAAUCACUUUUCUAAUUCAGUGAAUCGGUUUCAUUUUUGAAAAUAGCUAUUUUUGUGCUUAUUCAGCAUAAAUUAUUUGACUCUUUAUGCCUAGUUUUUUUUUUUUGCAACUUAGUAUUGAUUUUUCAGAUUCUUUUAUUAUAAUAUUUAAGAUUUUAAGCUCUGUCAUGCAGUAGGCGGAACAAUUUUAAGCUUGAUAUGUGUUGUGUUGGUGGGAUAAUGUGGAAAGUGCAGAGGCAUUCAUGUUGGCAACAAUUGAUAUUUGGACUCAUGGUGGUUAAUAUUAAUCUAAUGCUGUUUAAUCACACUGGCUUAAAGCAUAAGUAACUAAGUGCCACUUUUCUAGCUCUUCCACACUUGCUGAACAAUAUUUAAAACUUAUUACUGCUCUUAAGCAUGAGGUACGAAAGAGAACAUUCCUGUCUGUAAAUGGUUGGUAUUUGACGUGGCAUUGCUCUUCAUGGUACUGUGUGAUGUCACGUGGGACGGCUUCCAGCUGACUGCUUUUGCCAUGUCCUGCAGUGUGGUACAGGCCUUUCAUAGUGGAGGAACAUCCUCGCUUUCUUUCACAUUUAUUUUUAUGUAUGAUUGUUAUUCAUAUUGAAACGUGUUCCACAUUUCUUGUACAUUUUGCAAGAAAAAAUGAAAGGAGGCAGUUUGCUCUGUAUUGGGUUUAAAAACCAUUGCUUUGUUAGAAUAAACAAUGGCUGUCUUUUUUUUUUUUUUUAACCUGGAUUUACAAAUAUCUCCCUACUUCCACCACUGUUGCUAUUGCUCUUUUUCUUGUGUUUUAUAAAUGCCUGCUGUUUUUGCCACAUUGUUACUGGCAAAGGUAUAAGUCCGUUGCGUAUUUGUGUGUGUGUGUGUGUGUGUGUGUGUGUGUGUGUGUGUGUGUGUGGUAAUCAGUUUCGCAUUUCCCUUGCAACUGUUGUACAUUUUGGUUCUGUAAUGUCAUUCCUGAUGCUGAAUUGUAUUAAUGCCUUGAAUGUAGGUGUUGAUGCAGAAUGCAGUGUUUCUCAUUCUUAGCUUUACUGAUUUAAGAUGCAAAUGACCAAGAGGGCAACUGUACAUACUGACUGCUUCUAUUCUGUUCUAAUGAUUUUAUUAAAAAAAAGGGAAAAAGUCAA